CUUCCUUUUGGUUAGUGGAUGGUUGGAUAGACGGCGGCGCUGUUGUGCGGUGAAAGUAAAAAUACAAAAUGGCCACACCCGGAAAUUUCGAUCGUGUGCCAGCUGCGAAGCAGUUUACACCCGACCAAUAUGAACGCAUGUCCAGGGAGACAGAAGGCUAAUUCUUGACUGGAGUUUUGAGAAUGGGGUGUGUCACCAGCAUAGCUUGUGUCAUUUCUAAUGUUUGCAGUGACUUGUAGCUUAGUUGUAGCACUAACACUUAACAGUUUGAAGCCAUUCACACCUUUUGAUGCUGUCAUGCGCUGGACGUGAACAUUAACAUUUUCAUUCUCUCUUAGGAUCUAUUCGUCUAGUAGUGUACACUUUAGUUUUGAGAAUUAUGGGAGAUUUAAAGCAAGAAGUAGUGCACACUGAUGUCAAACAGGAAUCUGUGCACACGCAAGAAGCCCCUGGCGUCUCUGGCAAUAGCUCAGCUUUGCAGAAUAACAAAAAGAUUAAAGGGAUCAAGGUCAACUGUGGUGAGCUUCGCAAAUACCUUUAUGGUGUAGAGAUAUACCGGCAAGCCAGCAUGCUACGAAAGGGCAGGGAGGUCCACAAGAUAUAUGUUGAUGUCCACAAGGGGGUCAGUUUUCUAGAUGAUCGUUUCACCUUGACAGAGUUUGGCAGGAUGGUCUUGGAGAAUGGCAGUGUCCGUGCAGGACGAGCACGAAAUGUACGCCAGAUUGUGGUUGCUAGAGAAACCCUAUAUUGCAGUGGAACUGGUGGUUGCAAAAGAGCUUGUGGUGGAUAUGGAUGUUGUAUAUCAGGCUGUGACAAAAUAAAAGUUCGAGGUCACAAAUGCAGUUUUCGUGUGAAGCUUACAAUGAGACUAGGAUUUGUGGACUACUGGUUUGUUGAAAUACUCGGAAGUCACAACUGUUACAUUGAUGAUGAACCCCCUAGUGAUAUGGACAAAAUGUUGGCUGCUUAUGAGAGUAAGAGUAGUGACGGGGAUUUCUUGGACAUGGCUAUUUCACAAAGAUCCUCACCUUUGGCUGAUGCCGAGUCCAUGUUGUCGGUAUCUCAAGCUGCAGCUGGCUUCAUGUCUUACAGUUCAUCGCCUACAUCUUCGGCCAUGCUUCUGUCGCCUGCACAUUGCCCUCUAAAUGUGCCUUUGUUCCCCGAGUCGUACCUCAUGACAGUAGCCAGGAAUGCUGCUGCUGCUGUUGCUAUGUCUAAUGGGAAUAGGGGUCAGCCUUCACCUAGUCUUUCAUUCAAACAAGAUAGAUCACCCUCAAACAUUGUAGUCCCAGAGAUUAUAAAUGGUUUGUUGCCGCCCUCAGUCAUUCCUCGCUUUGGACCUAUUCCAAUGAUUUCCUCCUCCUCCCCAUCACCAGGAGACAAUGGGCACAGUCCUAAUACUCCUAUUUCUGGAGUCAUGGAUCUGUCCACCCCCAAAAUUAAAGAAGAGAACACGCCCAAAGAUCUUUCAGUUGGUAUCGCAUCCUAUAAGUCAUGGCCCAAUCAUUCCACUUCUGAACUAACCAAUUCUAUGGCCUUAGCUGUACUUAAUGGAACCAAUCAUGAAACCAACCCAGCCUCAUACUCGAAUGGGACCAAGAAGAGCAAGGGUAACUACUCUAACAUUCCAGAUUCUCAGGAAACAUCACUGUCCUCUAUGUCACCCAAGUGCGUCUUCAACUCUGUUCCUUCCACACCACCUCGGCUGCCCUCUUCGUCGAUGCUGUUUCCUUUGCAUGGUCAGGCUUCUUCUGCCCUGGCGAGUCGAUACAUGAAAGGCCUCUACAAGAACAUGAAAUCUAGCAAUGCUCCACUUGACAGCCCAUCGUCUCAAAGAGACAGUUGUGUGACUGUUGACAGCAAAAGCCCAUCUCCGAAUGUGAGCCCUAUGAAAGAAGCAAUAGAGCUCACUGAAGAAGGGGAGCUAGAUAAGGACCUGGUGAAUAGAGUUCAACAGUUGGAGGCUCAUGUUACACAGCUCAGGAACAUAGUGCUUAAACAGGAUGGCACCACAGAUGCAACACAUGGCCGACGUAAACAGCAGCGGAUAUUUGAUUUCACUAAAUAUAAUACACGCCAUGUAGCACUGAAGGUAGCUUAUCUUGGCUGGGAUUACAAUGGCUUUGUUGUUCAAGAAGACACAGAGAAAACCAUUGAAGCUGCCAUGUUUGAAGCCUUAUUGAAGACCAGGCUGGUGGAGUCUAGAGAGAACGCCAACUACCAUAGAUGUGGUAGAACAGAUAAAGGAGUCAGUGCUUUAGGCCAGGUUAUUUCCCUUGAUCUGAGAAGUAACCUUUUAUCUGGUGUUGGAGUGAAAGUUAGAGAAGGUGGCACUGCACAUACCAGGACAGGGGAUGUGAACACAGAGAUUCGUUAUGUUCAUAUAUUGAACAAAGUACUUCCUCCAGAGAUUAGAGUGUUGGCAUGGGCACCUGUUAAUGAAAAGUUCAGUGCAAGGUUCAGUUGUAAAAAGCGCACCUACAAGUAUUAUUUCCCAAAAGGAAACUUGAAUAUUGAAUUAAUGAAUGAAGCAGCUUCUAAAUUAAUUGGUGAGCAUGACUUCCGUAACCUGUGCAAGAUGGAUGUAGGUAAUGGUGUGGUCAACUUCACUAGGAAAAUAUUCAAAGCAGAUGUCAUUGUUCUUAAAGAGGUCAGUCAAGGUUACUCAAUGUGUGAGCUGACUGUGGUUGGUCAAGCUUUUUUGUGGCACCAGAUUAGAUGUAUAGUCUCUGUGCUCUUUCUCAUUGGUCAGGGCAAGGAAGAUGUAACGGUAAUAGAGGAAUUGUUAGAUGUUGAGAAGAAUCCCAGAAAACCUCAGUACACCAUGGCCUCUGAACUACCACUAGUUUUGUUUGAUUGUGACUUUGAUGAUAAUUUGGAAUGGAUCUAUGAAGCAGACUGGCAUGAAGAGAAUAUUCGACAUUUGCAACAGAUUUGGGCUCAGCACACUAUUAGGGCCACAAUGAUCCAGAGAAUGUUGGAAGAGCUAGAUGUGGCUAAAGUAGAGACUGCAUCUGACAUAGCUCCAUGGAAUGAACUGAGUGGGCCAGUACUCCAGCAGGCUGAAUGGAUGAUCCCAGGCAAUAAACCCAAGACUUACAAACCAUUGAUGAAAAGACAAAUGUGUGAAAGCUUAGAGGAACGUGUAGAGUAUUAUGCCAAAAGACGCAAGCUCCAAGGAAAGGAGGCGAUGGAUGUUGAUGAUACUGAACUCUCUUGAUAUCUUACCAGAGAAUGGAUCUUUUACUGAACCCAAGUAUUAACACAUUCAAAUACUGAGUUUUCUUACAAAGCUGUAUUUUUGAUGUCAGUAUUUCUGGUCAUUGAAAAAAAAAAUGGAAACAUUUUGUCAGACAAAGAUGUCACUUAAACUGAGUUAAUUGCAAGAUUUAUUUUCAGAAAUAAAAAAUAACAAUAUUCUUUUUGUUUCAUCUUCACAUAAGUUCUUGUUUAAAGUAGCAAAGAAAUUUUAUUAAGGACUUGAGCUGUCAAUAUAGUUUUUUUUUACCAUAUACUUUUAUUUUAUUCUUGUAAAAAGCCAAUACAAAUUUUAGAAAAGUUUUAAUGGGUUUUCGAACUAAUCAUCAGUAGAUAAUUUUAUGAGCUGCUUCUUUUUUUUUUUUUAUAUAUAUAAUUAUUUAGCAUUAUAAUUAUUACUAUGUUUUGUAAAAAAAAUAAUUUUUCUUCUUUUAUUGAAAUCUGUUUUUGUACUCAUUUGUUUGCUUGUUAGUGAAAAAUUGGUUUAAAGCUGCCAGUGAUAUUCACAGAAAAUGUGAAAACAUUUCUUCUAGGGGACACAAAAUUGUGUUUAUCAGUUGCGCUGAGCGGAUGUUUUACUAAGUUUUUCUGGAAUUGUUUUGAUUUCUGGGAACUUCCGAAUCCUCUGUAAUGGUGAUUUGUAAACAAACAAACAUUGUUUUAGUUGCAUGCUAGCCUAUAUGUAAUAGUGAUUUGUAAACAAACAAACAUUUGUUUUAGUUCCAUGCUGGCCUGGCCUCCUAUCACUCUACCACUCAAUCUAAACCUAAAGUUUCCUUGGGAGGUUCUGUUGUUCCUAACAUGAUGUGGCAGUCUCUAUAGAUCUGCCAUACUUUAAGUAUAGAAAAUACGAAAAACAUGCAUAUAUGUAACCCUGCCGGACCAAAUAUACAUAUAUGCAUGUUUUUCGUAUUUUCUAUACAGUCGUUUACCCCUGCAGCAGUAAAUCUUUGUUUUUUUGAGUCUUCAUACUUUAAGUAGUGUGUCAAUAUGAUGUUCUGAAACGACCCAUUGGCUUUGUCUUUGUCAUUCCACUCCAUCCUGUACAGUUAUGGUUGUAUGCUGGAAUGGAGAUCAGUUGUUUUAAAGAAAAGUCUACAGAGACUUUUUACUGCAUUCAUUCCAACUUUUCCAAUUAAUAUUUAAUCAACUUUACACCAAUGGUAACUAGUUGUUUAAUUAUUAUCAUUAUUAUUAUUUUUUUGUCUUUGUUUUUUUACUUUGUUGUUUCUAUGAUAUUAUAAAAACUAGAUAUAGUUUUGAAGAAGAGAGAUCUAUUUAUUUGAGGAAGAAUCUAGUCAUAAGUUAAGAAGUGGUGUACAUCUAUAUAUUUCUAUAAAUGUAUUUAUAAUAAACCUUAUCAUUUCUUGAUAUUAACAACAAGAUCACUUGUAUUGUUACCAGAGAACUGUUGUGAUGGCUAGCCUUGUGUAAUUCAUUUAUUUAUUCAGUUUCAUAGGUUUGAAUGAAGCAUGUUGGAAUGUUAAAUUGGAUUUAAAAAAGGAGUGUGUUCAUUGCUCAACUCUGACCUGUGUAGUACUAUGAUGUGUGUUUGUACUGCACUGAUCUGUUUGUAUUAGGUUUACAAGGAUAUUUCAUGGACCUGUGUUUGUAUUAUGUUGACUUGUUUUUUUUUUUUUUUGUUGUUUGUUAUUUCUUACAAGAAGUAUUCUGUUGUAUGUUAGUCUGUAUCUACAAAACAACAUUCAGUAUUUCUAAGUUACAAUUAUUAUAACCUUUCAUGAUAUGUAUAAAGUCUAGUUGGUAAAAAAAAUGAUUUCAUAACACAUGCUGGCCUUAGUUGCCUUUGUGGCAUUGCACGUCCUUUGAAAUAUAGCUGAAACUAGAUGCUAACAAAAACAAAAAUACAGCUCUUUUAUAACCAAGACCCAAGGUCUUUAUAAUUUGAGCCAGUUAGUCUUUGAGGGUCCUAGGUUAGAAUGUGUUGUUAAUUACUUAGCAUUGUGGUACAAUGGGUGACAAAGACAUUCAGUUCACUUGCCAUUACAUUAAGUAUUUCUUCACAUGAUAUUCAAAGAGUGGCUUUUGAGUUGUCUACGAUCAUCACAAAUAUUUUGUAUAUUGCAUUCUGAGUCAGUAGAAAGAGAAGAGCUGUGACUUUACCUUGUCAACAUUUGGAUAAAAUACAUUAUUAAGACUCUUUAGAAAUAUGUUCUUAGCAUUGCUACUUGCUCUUAUAAACAAAUAUUUUAUUUGCUUAUAAUGUUCUUUCAUAACUUUGAUCGCCAGAAUCUUUAACAUAAUAAUGUUCUGGGAUUAUGUAAACACAUUAUUGUAUAGAACAGCUAGCAUAAAAAUCACAUCGGAAAUGAAAAUAUACUGGUGAAUAGUUUAAUGCAUGUAUUUAUUUUUUAGCAAUGUGUCACUUGUUAAUCUGAUAGAAUGGACAAUCUUGUACGUUGAUCUUAAGGAAUGAGAGGACAGUCUUGUAUGAUCUUAAGGAAUGAGAGGACAGUCUUGUAUGUUGUGAUAGGUAUGUGUUAUAUGUUGAUAUUAUAUUUUGAUAUAAUAGAGUGAGAGGACAAAGUGUCUCUUUUGAUAAAUUCUCUCAUCUUAGAAAUGCGAUGAAUGAUUGAUCUUAUGAGUUACUUUACAACCAAUGUAACUUUUAAAUCUGAUUCAAACUCUUAUACUAAAGAUUUUGGUAUGGUUUAAGAGAACAAUGUGUAUAUUCUUUUUAUUUUUCUUUUCUAUAUUGUCUUUACAUCUCUUUUCUCUAACAUGUUUUUAUGGCACUAAAAGUAAAUGGUUUUACAUCAUGAGAUUCAAGUUUACCUAGCUUUGUAUUGAGUGCUAGUUGUUUGGAUUUAUUUGAUUCUACAAAAUGUUUUUUUUUUCUUUCUGUAAGGUUUUAUGAGAAAUUUCUUUGAUUUGCUGGUCUUUUUUUCUUCUCUCUGCCCACCACUGCUUUUUUGUUUUUUUUUCUCUUUGUUUUGCUUUUUGUCAUUUUUUGUUUUUCAUCAUAGAUCUUAAUAUCCUAUGACAUGUUGGUUACUGUUUGUUUUUAAAGGAAGCAAGUGUGUUGGUAGCCUUUCAAACUCUACUCAUUGUUACAUUUCAUUUCUUACAGUAUUUCAAGUCUUUUGAACUCACUGCACUCAAUACAGUAUUUAACUAAAAAAAAAGUUUUGUUUUUUUUAAAGGUCACAGCAACAGAAAACUAUCACUUGAUGAAGUUGUAGCAGUUCUAGAGUUUUUCAUCUCAAAACUUGUGUGUGUGUAUGAGGAUGGCCCAAGAGUUGACCACUGUUUAUGUAUUGACUUGUUACUGUACAUACUCAUGGAAUGUUGUCCAUACAUAAGCCAGUAUUUCCUCAUGAUUUUCUUCCUGCAUUGACUGUUGCCUUGAUAUCCUAAAGUAUUGUUGAAAGGAUCUCCUUUCACUUCCUAGGGAGACAUUGUCUUCUAUCAUAAUGCUCAAGUCCACAGUCUUAGUUCAAAUUAACCUUUUGGGUUGGAUUCACCCAAUGACAUGGUUUGCUAGUUCCCAGUUUGGUAUAUGGUAAAACCUUUGUUGACUAUGUCUGGCAGACCAUUCAGACUCAUGAAUUCUACAAUUGUUUUUCUCACACCAGAGUACAAGGGAAAUAAAGUUAUCAAGCUAUUUUUUUUUCUAAGGUUUCAAUACCUGGUGAUAAAAAAUUGUGGUAUUUUGUAUGUUUUUGUGUCCUUAAAAUGUCAAGACAAGUACUCUUUUAAUUCCAAAUAAAUUUGAAUGUAAACUGAGAUUAGAUCUGUUGGUAAACUUUUUGACCAAUUGGUACAUUUUCCUUGUUUCAUUACAAUAGUUUCAGUGAAGGUUUUCUUGUGUACAGCAACUAUCUUUACUCAGGUUACUUCUAAUUCUUUGUCACAAGUGAGGAAACUCAAAUAUUUGAGUUAUUCAUUUUGUGAAGUAAGUUUGUCUUGUAUCUUACCAAUCUGUUUUAAAUUAAUUUCUCAAUGGAAGUGUUAAGCUGAUAUUUCAACUGUGAACUUGUUUUGCAAAACCAAAAAAAAAAAAAAAGUUUGUUGUACAAUAAUUCAAUUCAAUGUAGAGUCUUCCUGUGUUAAUAAGACAAAAAAAGUUGCAUGUUAAUAUUUCUGUACAUUGAACAUGAUAUACUUUUAUUGGAAUACAAGUAUUAAUUUUACCAUUGUUAUCACAUUAUCAAGCCAUUUUUUUUUAGGUUUUCUACAUCCGCAAUUGACUUAUAACUGUCUAAAGGAUAACAUCAGGGUUUUGAAUUAUUGUCCAAUUGUUUGAAGUAAUCUUGUACAUAGCGUAUACAGCAAGGUCAUCAAUGCAUCUAAAACUUGGUUGAGUAGAAUGGACCUUGUAGAGUCUGAUACUUGUCCCUUACGUAGCUGAUGGUAUUGCUUAGGUGAACAAGUCUCACUCUCAACUGGUGAUGCUUACUUUCUGUGUAAGAUGUGCCAUAAGGCCUUCUAUCUAUUAAGUGUUUGUGAAGUCUUGGCCUGAUCAGUGUUUGAACAUUUUUAAGACUUGGUUUGAACCACACUUACAAGACCAAAUUUUGUAUUUCAAUGUGAAAAGAUGUCUUUUUCAGUGUUGCAUGAUGGACACAGAGGAUCAAGCCAAUUGGUUUUGUAGAAACUAAUGAAUUGUUGUAUGUACUAUCUAUGAUUACAAUAAGUGCCUAUUUUCUGAGAGAAAUCAAUGUGUAUGAAAGAGAAGUGUGGAUAUUUAUAUAUGUAUAUAGGUAUUUAUCAUGAAACAUUCCUGGCAGUGUCUAAUGUCUCAGAUCACAAAUUGACCAGUACAAAAUUAUUUUGGUUUUAUUUUAGUUUUAUAAGAAACUCCCAUGAGAGCAUCUCUCCGUAAUGUAAUGAAUGUAACUUUAAGUAUAUAGUAUCAAUUGUUUGUAAAGUAACAUAAAAAUAAAAUUUACACAAUUUUAAACUCGGCAAACACCUGCUUACUCAUUAGGAUGUAGUCAACCAAUGGGGCUUUCCAGUUGAGAACACAUUCUCUGCUGUUUGUGAAAUGUUUUUAUUCAAAGAUGACUUUCACUAUUUGAGUACACUCUAGUCAUGUACUGAUUCCUUGUAACAGCAAUAAAUAUUGAAUGUAUAUCAAAAUGUUGCAUUUAGUUUGUUUGUUUUUUAUCAGUGUUUGUGAAAUAUACACACAUCUUACUUAAGUUUGAGAUGUUGAACUUAGUUUGAAAGCAGGAGUUUGGAUUUUAAUUUUGCAAAGACAUUGUGCAGCCUUUUUUUUUUUUGAAGAACCCUAACCCAGUGUGCUGUGUUAUUUUCACAAAUAAUGCAACUUACAACUAGAUAUUUACUAUGGUAUAUCAUCACUACUAUUUAUAGCCUUUUAGAUAUCAUGAAAAUGAUACUUUCACUGGAAAAAUAUUUGCACCAUAUUUUUGAAGUUACAUUUGAAUUUUUCUGAAAACAAUUUUUGUAAAGUGUUUCAAAAAAUUUAGGAUAAAUGUAACCUUUCUAUUUUUUUUUAAAUUUUUUUACAACAAUGAGUGACAAAGUCUAUGUAUCUCUUUAUAUCUAAAAAAAUAAUUUAAAAAAAUGGGCCAGUUAUACUAAACACACUUGAGAUAUAUAGAAAGAAAAACAACAAAGCUUAUACAAAGUUUAAUUGUAUCAAUUAAUUUGGAUCUGUCAUGUAAUUAAAUUUGUGAUAGAUCUUUUCUAGACCAACAAUAUAUCUGGAUAAGAAAUAUUUUUACCAAUUGCUUUUGUAGCACUAUUUCAUGCUUAUAGCUGCUUUGAUCCUAUCACUUGUCUGGACCAGUUGGGAGAGAAAAAAAGGGCUAUCUGGGUGAAUUUUUACCAUAAUCACAUUUUAAAACUUUCAUUUAAACAAAAAAAAAAGUGGGGGAGGGGGGGGGGACAACUUGAAUUUGAACUACCACUCUACUAGUGAAGUUUGUAUAGUUGUCUAUUGUUUGUUACAACCUUAAUUUAAAGUGACAACUUAUAAAGGGGAGUAAUUCAGCUUAUACCACCAUUUCAGUCAAGUACAAUUUCUUUUCUUUGUUCUGUGUUGAAGAAACCCAACAAAAUCGACUACCAAUAGUUCAUUAAUUUUUUAAAAUUGAUUCUUGUUUUCACAGGUAAAAUAAAUUUUUGUUCAAAAUUUCAGCAUGAUAGGAUAUUGGGAAAAGAGAACAAACUUUUACCAGACAGAGUUGUACAAAAUAGCACCAAAACAAAACAACUGGCUUGAUACAGAAUGUUUAAUGUACAUUAUCCCAUAAUCGUGUCCAAAUGAUUGUGUAGUCAAGUCAAUGCUUCACAAGAAUGCUCCAACUCUUUUUUAAUACAAUGUAAUUACAAGUAGAAAAUGAAAAUAAAUUGUCAAAGCAGUUACCUACCCUUUCCUUUUAAAAACCUAUGACUAAGUAACAGUGUGAAAACAAUUUGGAUCAAUCUGAACCUAUUCCAUUUGUGUGGAAACUGUCACUGGAGAAAUGAACAAUUCAUCACAUUGCUAAUGACACCGCGUGUGUGUGUGUGUGUG